AUGGCAUCAUCGGAAUUGUGUCCCAGCCCUCGGCAUGAUAUUUGGAAACACUUUUAUGAUGCUGCACCACAAACAACAGAGGAAGGAGGAUCGAUAAGCAGGCUUGACAUUUUUUGGACGUUAUUUCAUUGCUGUGACCCUUUCUUAAAACAAAUUAUUGUUAGAAAACUAUAUAUUUGCAACUUGGCUGUGCCCUUUCUAUCCAAAGAUUACAGAUCAAAUUUAGUUAAGGCCUUCAUCUGGCCUCUGCGUCAUUUAAGUUUGUCUUUUGAUGAAUCAUCAACGUUUAGUGAGCAUGCUUUUGACAUUUCAACUCAUGUGGUCGCGUUUGGACGUCUUGGUAGACCCACGUUGUCCAAAUCAUGUAUAUUAAAUGAAAUUCUCUCCGACGAAAAAACAAAAACAAAAUUUCCUGUAUUCUAUGAUACUCAUGCGAGUCACAACAUGAAACGAGGUCUAGAAACGGCCCACAUAUGCGAUUCAUUUAUAUAUUUAACGGAAGAUACAGAACAGAUAAACCUACCUUCACUGGAAAAAAUAACGAACCCAUACGCUGAUUUGGUCAUUCAGGGACAAGUUCAUCUAGAGCUAAUUGACAGCGAUAAAUUUUAUAUGCCAACCCUUUGGAUUAGAAAUGUUCUUGCUUCGAUCAAUGCUAAACUAAUCAAUUCGAAGCUGAUUACAGUGUCUGUUUUGGGAUUACAAAGCUCGGGCAAAUCAACUUUGUUGAAUACCAUGUUUGGUGUACAUUUUUCCGUCAGUUCAGGUCGAUGUACAAGAGGAAUUUAUGCACAGUUGUUGCCAGUGAGGUGUAAGUUUACAGGAAUCUCUCCCUUUAAUUAUUUAAUGGUUGUUGAUUCGGAAGGUCUAAGGUCAUCAGACCUUUUAACUGUAUUAUACAGUUACAACCGUGAUAACGAAAUGGCUACUUUUGUUACUGGAUUAGGAAAUAUUUCAAUCAUGAAUAUCAUGGGAGAGCAUAUUUCCGAUCUGAAAGACAUUUUACAGAUAGUUAUUAAUGCUCUGCUACGCCUGUAUGAAGCAAAUAAUGCUCUUCCAAAAGAUCAAAGAUGCUUUCUUGUGCACCACAAUGUGUCAGAACACGCAAGGUUCGUGGAAUGUUUAGACGUUGUAACUGAAGAGGCUGCAAUCCAAGAAGGUUCUUUAUCAAAACGUUUCACUGAUGUCAUUCAAUUUGAUCACGAUUCAAGCGUACAAUAUAUACCCUGCCUUUGGCAAGGGGUUUAUCACUUAAAGCAUGUUAACACUGAGUAUAGCUCCGCUAUUAUCAAGUUAAAACAUUGUCUUAUGAACUCGGCAAUGAAUAUUGACUCAGGCAAAUCAUUUACUGAUUUUGGAAUACAAGCAGUUGAUUUAUGGAAAGGAGUUAUUUCAGAAAAUUUUGUGUUUUCCUUCCGGAACAGGUUGGAAAUUAAAGCAUACUGCACGAUAUUUGAACAAAUAAACAGAGCGCUGUGGCGUGAGGAGAUGUCUGUUAGAAAAAAAGUACUGACUUGUUCUCAAGGCAGCCUUUCACAAUGUAAAUUAGAAACAAAUGUAGAAGACGAAAGGAAUAAACUGAGAUAUGAAACUUCCAAUGCGAUUGAACAAUUUACAGAGUCAGCAUUAACCAUGUGCGAAAAAUUUUUGGCCACUAAGCUUGCAAAAACAUUACGCAAAAAGGGGAAUGGAAUUGAUCGAAAAACCAUUGAUAGUUCAUUUAAUAAGAUAUGGAAAAGGUAUAAAAAUGAAAAUGUUUGCGACAAAAUUGACUUUCACGAAUUAACAAAGCUACAUGUGCUUGAAAAAUUCAAAAAUGAUAUUAAAAUUCUCCAGAAAGUGAUCAAGCAUACAACAGAACCAACUACAUUAAGAAAUAGUUUUGCCUCAAGUCCUUUUUGUCGCACCGAUAUAAACACUGACGAACCAAAUGAAGCUAAACAGAUAAUACUUUUUCAAGAAUUAGAAGUAAAUGUUAACUGUUUUUUACAGAAAGUGGAAGAAAUGAUCCAAGACAUUUGUACUGAAACAAAAGAACUACUCACAGUAGACUUUAUGUCGUUUUUGCAAAAUGUAUGUGAUUUGUUUCAAGAAUUGACCUCAAAAGUUCGAAAUAUAACUUUGAAAAAAAUAUUUCACAUUAAAUUGGACGUGCAUAUUUUAAACUUUGCUUCUUGUGCGUUUAAAAACCACAAUGAAUUUUAUGAUAACCAAUUCGGUAUGACUGCACAUAUGAACCGGUAUAAAAGCGAGUUGUAUAUUCUUUUUCAAGAAGAUGUAGUUAACCGGACAGCAGAACAUAGGGCAGCCGAAUUGUUCUGUUUGGGAGUUUGUAACUCAUUUAAAAAAAAUGUAUCCGGUCAUCUCCGUUUGAAAACUGAAGAACAUCUGAAAGGCAGUCUACCGUUUACAAAGCAUAAUCUAAUAAAAGCCAUAUGCACAACUUUGGCAAACAAUAACAAACUCGACCAAUUCGUCGAAUAUUUAAGAAAUCCAAAACUGUUUGCGAAAGGUUGGAUGAAGCAUCAAUGUGAGGACAACCUAAACAUAUCAAAACUUGCCAUAGAACAAGCUCGACAUGAAGUGCUGCACAUGACUUCAGCGGUUGAAAAUGGUGUAAAGCUAUGCUGCGCAAAAUUUAAAGAAAUGCAGUCGGUAAAUAUGUCAGAAUGGUCCUCAAUGAUAAUGACUUAUCUGCAACAUUCCGGUACAAGUCUUGAUCAUGUUGACUUUCAAACCUUUUGUAAUCUUCGAUAUAUUCAAGACAUCGAAUUCUUUACUAAUAUUGUGUUGGGACAAAACGACGAGGAAGGCCUAUUGAAACAUAAGACAUCAUUAGUCUUGAUUGAAAUCGAAGAAAUGUUCUCAAAAGUGAACAUUUCAUAUUCAAAAAUAUUGAAUGAAAUGUGGGGUUGUAACGAGCAAUGUCCAUUUUGUCUGGAACCAUGUGCAAAAUCAGAAGAACACGGCAGUUCCCCUCAUUAUUGCAUUCAACAUCGACCAAAUGGCUGUGUAGGCUUAAGAUUCGUGUCCGAUGAAAAAAUAUCCAAAGAGACAUGCAAUGCAUCUAUUGCACUUAAUUUUCAAUACAUGUGUUCAGUUAUCAAAAAUGCAUGUGGCUGCAAGAAACAAGUUGGUCAUCCUUAUAGAGAAUAUAAGCAGCAUUUUCCGAAGUGGGAAAUAAGUCCAUCUUCAAACAGUUUAGAAUGUGCCAAAUUUUGGCUUUGGUUUGUCGGAAGUCAUAAGGACGAAUUGGCAAAGUAUUAUGGUUAUGAUGUAUCUGAAGUACCUACCUCGUGGGGAACAAUUAAAAAGUCUGCAGCAAUCCGAAGUUUAUCAGAUAUAUAUUGAAGGAACAAUGAGUAUUGCAUAAAUUAUGUAAUACAACUUGGGGGUCAAAUGCAAGUACCAAUAAAGGUUAUUACUAAUAUAUUCUGAAUACACUGUAACACAACAAAAUGAUACUGCAACACUCUUUGAAUGGGAAAGAAAUCGUUUUAAUUAUUUAAUUGCUGAAAACACCUGUAAAUAAUCAUAGAAAGGUUUUUAGACCUAAUUACUUUUGUCUAUAUAAAAAUAAUAACUCUAUCACACAAACGCGUUCAUUUUUAACCAUUUUUACGUAAUUAUUUAUUUUUAUUUUUAUAAAAAUAAAAAUUUGGCAUGUCACGUCUUCCAGAAUUAAUAAAGGUACACUUUUUGAAGUACACGCUUUUAUAUAAGUAUUUUGUAGAUCAUGACAAGCAUUUCUGUAUGUAUUAUCCAAGGUCAAGGUUGUAAUGUCCAUAAAAUGAUGUAAAAAUAUAACUGAAUCAAACGUAUUCUGAGAUAAUCAUUGAAAAAUGUGUACUUUUUAACUUACAUAUGUCGACAUAAUGAAAUGUUCUUCAACAGAUGUUUUUUUCUUCUUCACUAUUAUAAAAUUAUGUGAGAAUAAGUUUCAAAGAACACACACAAAAAGUGUAUUUACAUUAGCUGCCGUUUUCAUUUACAAUUAAGAGUAGUUCUUACAAAAUUUACUAAGCUAAAUUGAGUGUAAAAAAAUGGUCGACGUAACAACAAUUGGAAUGCCAAAAACACUGGGUAAAACUAUAUCAAAAUAUGUAUUUAUAUAAAACUGUAUUGAUUCUGAUGAAUAAUGCACCAGAUAAAGGUGAACUGAGAAGUUAUUCUUUUACAUUUGAAAUAAGCAGUUUUAAAUUGAUAUUUAAUUGGCACAUGAAUUCAAAGUAAUCUUCUUUCUCGAUAACAUGUUAUUUGCUUUGUUGUUUUAUCUGCUUUGUUGUUUUAUCUGCUUCUUUCAUUUCUCUAUCGCCGUUUUCCAUUGCAACAUUUUAUUUGUAUAUUUGUCUGCGUUUUUUCCCGUAUUAGGCGGGGCUUAAAAGUCAAUACUCAUUUGUGUACAAAGCUUAUUAUAAUAUUUUACAGUCAUUUAUCAAAUUAUUGCAACAAAAGGUUUGAGUUUGUGUGUUUUUGUGGACGUUAAAAACAUAUUUUGAAAUAUAGAAUUGUUUACAUUUACCAUUUUCAAUGUUCGUCGUUAUGACUAAGAAAUCAUUUUUAAAGGUUUAUUUUGCAUUUAGAUUGUGAAAUGUGUAUUGAAUACCUUUUGCAUCUACAUUAUCUGUCAGUGUAUAAACAAACAGUAUUUUUCAAUUGUUUUGUUAUGAUGUUUGAAAGAUAUUUGUAUAUUUCAUGUUAUCAAUAUUUUUUUCUAUUGUAAUAAGACUGAUCUCUUAUAUAGUUUAGCAUUGUGUUUUUAAAUAUGUGCUAAAUUGUUUAAACACAUGAAUGUUAACGCAUUUAUUUCAACCAUCAUCACCAGGCUAGGAAAGUUCGAGUACUAACAGAUCUGAACUUAACAGUCAUCAAAUAUAUCAUAGAUUAUAUGUUAAAUGCGUCAUUUUAAAACAUUUCAUUUAAGAAGAAUUUUGUUCCCGUAAGUGUCCAUUGUACUUGACAACACUAAAAUGAAUUACAAACCAGACUUUGUUUUGAUGAGGUCUUAGUAGAACCUAAAAAAUAUCUACUUAAAUAAUUUACGGUUUACAUUUUUGAAGGAGCUAUUUUUGUUAAUUUCAUCAGAAAAAAAAUCUUGAGUUCUAACAAUUAAAUCGAUAGAAAUAGCACAUCGUUUUAUUCAAUGCAAAAUCGUUUGCAUUUAAGUACGCAGUAAUGUAGACUGUCAUGUCGAAAUUUAAUCAAAUUGGUCUGAAACCAGUGCAUUUUAUUGAGAAGGCCAUUAUUUCAAAAGUUUCCCCGCCAAACCGAACACCCCAUUCAGCAAGUAACUACCGUAAACAUAAAAUCAAUUUAUCUUGUCUGUUUUUUGAGGAAAAAUGUCAGGGUACUGCCAUAGCCUUAGUGUCGUUACAAAAAUGUCCAAGAUAUUUUCAUUAGAUUUAACAAUCAUGUUACCAGCAACAAUACGCAAAUGUGUUUGAAGACCCAUAACUCUGGCUUUAAUGAUAGUCGAGUAAAGUCCUUGAUUGACAGAGAAAAAGCAGACUUGCGUUGGUAUCCGUUUGAAGUGCUCUUGUUCCAAACUAAUAUAAGAAAAUGCAUCGAAAGAUGAGUUUUCUAACAUGUAAUUACUCCUCGCAAAUUAAUAGGCAUUAUUUAACAAAUGCGUGGUGUUAUUAAAUUGGUAGAAAAUGUGUAUCAGUGUUUAAAGCGAACACCCAGUUUUCACAGGCCCGAUCAAACCUACCAAACGGUUAAUCUUUAGUGGAUUGAACACAUUGCCUCAUUGUAGUUUAUAUAGUUUACUUUUAUACGUUUACAAUACGAUUUCAAAUGAAAUGUUUGAAUGAUUAACAUAUUUGUGUUUCUGUAUGUGCUAUGUUAAGUGUGAAUGAGAGAAAUUGUUCCAAAAAAAGUGUUUAAUCUAUACAUAGAGUUACUUGAAGUGAUACGUUUAUAAAAUGAAAACUAAUUUUUUCUUUGUUGUGUAAAUGUAACGCAAUUUAACAACUGUUUUACUGGUUUAGAUGUUGUCAAAGAUUGGCAGAUUAAAUGGAAAAUUAAAUUGAAACUUCCACCUUUGACUUGUCAGUCUACACAAAAUAAACACCUCUUUUAAUUGGAAAUCUAGCCAUUGGUUUGGGCAAUACUAUCAAGCAAUAUCUAAACGUAAUUGUAAUGACGUCGAAA